CAUUUCAAUGAUACAGGCAACACAGACGAGCAGGCCGCCUCCUUCUGCAGGACCAAGACGUCUCACAGACUUCGAGUCGUGUCUGAAGUGGAGCUUUUCAUGGACAAUAUCCUCAGCUUCCAUAGCUUAACCUGCAAAAGGUGCACUUCAUCCUUCAAGAUUCAAGAGCUCUAGAAGUCGUAGAUGGAUUAUUAUCGAUGCGGAGUGGAGUCUUUUAAGGAACUAGUGACGCUGCAGAGCAGGCCACGCUCCAACUUGAAGUGUUGGAGUGAAAAUCCUUGACCGUGAAAGGUCAGAAUAUUGUACUUAAGAACGCACAAGUUGAUCUCUGAAUAGAAGUGGACCACAAUCUGGAACGCAGCUGCUGUGCAGCAAAACCACAAUGUAUUAUUGAAGUGCAUGAUUCAACAUAAUAGCGUGUGCUCUUUGGCUCCUCUCGUUUUUGUGAUGCCUCAAAAGAAAGCAAAGCCUGAAGCUAAUCUCCUCACACAGCUGCUUUGUCAGCACUUUCCACGACUGAAAACAAACAGAGAUGAGCAGCACCAAUAACAAUGAUCUCCCUCUUGCUCCCCUGGAGUCCUCUGCUGUCAUGAACAUUUCGAUGAGGAACCCGCCUCAGCGCCGCCGCUCAAUGGGCCCAGUCUCGCCCAAACGCAUCUACAGAAACCUGUCGGUCCGACUCAGAGGAGGGGAGCCAUCGGCUGCAGAGGAGGCAGACACACCCAGGCAUGUCGGCAAGGCAGAAGCUUACAAGACCCUGUGGGAGGCGGUGGAGAACGAAGACACCCUGGCCGUGCAGAGCCUGCUCUCCAGAGACAAGAGCAAUGGGACUGGAGGAGGGGGGAGCAUGUGGGAGAGAGGGGAGCGCAAAGAGAGGGACUGGGAGAGAGAGCGGGAGAGAGGGGUGAACCGGGUGAGCGAACAGGGACUGGUCCCCUUGGAUGUCGCUGCUCUCACCCACAACUCCCCCCUGAUGCACGUGUUGACUCGUGCAGGAGCCAAACAUAACCCAGUUUUGUGCCAGCCGGGCGAGUGGGCAGUGAAGCUGGGUGCUCUGGUUGCUCUGGCUGGACAGAGGGUGGAGGAGUGGAAGGCAGAGUUGGUGAAGAAGACUGGGGCAGGACCUCAGGGACAAGCUGACGUUCACCGACAGAUCCGUCUCUGGAGUCUUCGGCUGCAACUCUACUGCAGGAUGAAGGAAAACUUCCAGAACACAGAGCUGCCAGGUCCACCCAGUCAUGUGUCGGUGCUGGUGACCAGUACGUCGUCUCUGUUCGUGGUCAUCAAAGAGCCCGAGGGCAGCAACAUGGGUCUGAUCACUCGCUACAAAGUGGAGUGGAGCAGCACAGAAAGCUUCAAAAAUGUCCUGGGCUCAGCUGAAGUCACCGAGACCAAGAACCCCUCCUACAGCAUCAGGGGACUCACCACAGGAGUGCAGUACUCGGUGAGAGUCCGCGCCUACAACGUGAAGGGAUGGGGGCCGCCGCAGGACUCCACCCCCGGCAGCAUCGCCCCUUCCAGUUGGAGGCAGUGUGUGGGUGUGAAGUCACAGUUCAGAAAUCCUCAGGGUCUGGUCAAGAAGCUGCUGGAGGACGCCAAGGAGCCUCACUACCGAGCGUACUGCAUAGUCAGUUCCAAACCUCAAAGUCCCAGCAAGCGUCUAUCCAUGUCCCGGGGCAUCAAACAGCUCUUCCAGUCCGCCACCAAGUUUGUUCGCCUCCUUCAAAGGGGCGUCUAUCUUGCCACCGUGUUCUACUACAAGGAAAGCCUCCUGCUGACGGGGGAAGAUCAGCUACCACUGGUGGAGAUCCAGUGCUGCACCACCUCCUUCACUCACGACUUCCUGUGGUUCGCCAAGUUGUCCUGUGCGUGGCAGCAGGUGCCCUGGCUGCAGCAGGCCCUGUCCACGGCACACUCCUCCCCCUCCUCCCUCCUCCAGAACCGCCACAACAUCCUCAGAGCCGUUUCUCAGCUGCAGUCUUCGCUGGGAACAAUGGACCUUGGUCAGGUCUACUACGAACCGCUGAAGGAUCGUCAGGGCAACAUCCUACUGGUGACCCUGAAGGAGUUGUCUGGUCCCCCCAGUCCGCCCGACCCUCCUUUCCAUUGGCUGCCUCUGGCUCGUCUGGAAAAGAACCGCAGCAGGACGCCUCUGCUGCCUGAGCCCACUGCCAUGGACAUGUUGUAUGAGAAGCUGAAGGACAAACUGUCCUUCCACAGGCACAGCCUCCAGUGGGCUCAGUCGGGUCUCUACGUGGGCAUCCUCAAGCUGUGCAGCUCGGUGGAGCAGAUCCGGGUGCUGGUGCCGCAGAGGCUGCCCAACCUGCUGUGCCACACGCGGGUCCGGCACAACGCACACGUGUCCAGGGAGGAGUGGGAGUGGCUGCAGAGUCACAACUACACCGCAGCCUCCGAGCCGGCCGCGGACCUGUUGAGCAGCGAAGACGAGAGUCCGGAGAUCAGCAGUCUGCCGGAGUUCAUCCGGUCCCUGAGAGCGGCCGUCACACUCCUCCUCACCAAGCUCAACAUCCCCCUCUACAGGGCGUACCAAUAUGGCGUCUACACUCGGGAACUGCUGCAGUUCGGCGAAAACAUUUCUCUUCUUCUGCUGCUGCCGCCCAGCGAGGACUUCAGCUCCAGCUACUGGCCUCUAGUGGGCACCAAAGAGCCGGGGCUCACGCUGCCGCUGCAGAUCUUUGAGCUGGUUCACUUCUGGACGUACGAGCGGGACUUCCUGUCCGAGUACUGCCAGGCCUGGGUGAGGCUGGAGCUGGACACCCACCUGGCCCAGCAGGCUCUCCGGGAGGCGCUGGACACCAAGGAGGUGCAGGAGGCCCGGGAGCGACUGAGCCACGUCACCGACAUGGCACACCGACUGGACAUGGUGUGGCGGGACGCCCGAUGGGUCAUGGACUGUCUUCAGUGUGUCCGCUCCAAACAGUGGGUUGGAGCGGUGCCACUGGGUUUGGUGAUGGGAGGAGACCCGCCGCCACGUCCUGACGGCGAGGAGGAGGAGGAGAGUCUGACCGCCAGACUGACCUGGCCCCACCGGAUGCUGUCCCAGAGGACCGCCACAGAAUGUCUGAUGAGCACGACACCUCCCAACGUGGUCACAGCCGAGGUCUCCACUCCUGCUGGGAUGAUGGUGGUGCCCGAAGAGUCGGCCCUGGACCUGGUGGAGGGCGUGGCAAAGGGAGGUUACCCCGUGGACAUCACCGCCCAGUCCACUUUGGACCUGACUUCCAUUGGCCAGACGGAGCUGGGCUGCUCCGGCUCCUUGAUCGAGUCGGCUCUGGAGUCUGUCGCCGUGGCCCAGCUGGAGGCGGACUACACGGCCAUGGUGAUUCAGGAGUCCUAUGGCGAGAACCCGGAUUUCCCACCAAGCAUCACGGAGGUGAUCCAGCCCAUGGAGAUGGCUGAGCUGGUGGACAUCCUGCCCACGCUGACUCGCAUCGAAGAAGAGACGCCGACUGACCCGUCGACGCCGUCGGUCAUCGACAUGCUGGAGAGUUUGGGACUGGGUCUGGGAGAAUCCCAGGCUUUCUUCCACUUGGAGAGUUCCAAUGUGCCGAAUGGAGCUGGGUCUCUGUCGGACCCUCUCCUGGACAGCAGGAAUGCAAACAAACUCUGUGAGAACCCGUCGAGGCAUGACCCGGACACGUGUGAACAAAAUGGUUCUAUGUCUGGGGGGAAUGUACCCAGCUGGAAUUCCACUCCAGAAGAGAAGGAACACCCAAAAAUUCCAAACAGAGUGGGCUUCCCCGUCAGGAACCACGUGGAGUGGGACAGAACCUCCAGUAGUUGAUGAGUCUGCAGCAUAGAUCGUGGUGACAUGGAAGCAUCUUGGACCAGCCUGACUUGAGUCACCAGAGCGAGUUAUGCUUGGAGCAGACUUGCCAGCCUUUUACUCACAGAAUGUUGGGGUUUCACUUGGUAGUUUUUAUGUCUGGAGAUGGUGGGGGAGAAUCUGGGUUUGAUUCGACUGUUGUUUUAGUCUUUAAAAUUAUAAUGGACACUGUGAAAGUGGAUAUUUAGACGUGUCCCAGUGGUCAGAUCAAACUCAGUUUUAGUUUCAAAACACAACAGAGUUCGUGGCAUAAAUAAUGAAGAUAAGGUCUUCUCCACGUCUGGAUCAGACUGAGCGUUGCUGUUUGGCUGCAUCAGCUGGUCACGAUAAUAAAAGUCUCCUCAAACCACCAACAUGUCGGUUUUCACCCGCGAGAAUCACGACACUUGAUUUCCCCUUGUAAUGUCACGUUUUACACGUAAAUAAAGAAACGAGUUUGGCCUCAAUCAUUUUAAUACGGCUGCUGCCCUCA